AUGCACACGCAGCCCGGGCCCGACGGGACGCCGGAAGUCAUCGCCCAGAAGUACGCCCACUGCUACGACGCGGCCUGCGCGCCGCCGAGCGUCGCCGCGUUCUCCUGCGCGGAGGUGACAACCAACGGCGUGGGCUGGGGCUGCCUCUGCUGCGACGUCGAAAGUGGUGAAUCACUCCAAGGCCGUGCCAACACUUACUACUCGCUCUACGAUGUCACCUGCUACGGCAGCGGCGGCGAUUCCUGCGGCAACGGCGGCAAACCUGCGUCCCUCGCGAUCAUCAUCCCCGUCGUCGUCGCGGCCGUCCUCCUCAUCGCGGCCGUCCUCUUCCUCGUCCGCAAGCGCGUCGUCGCCGCGCGCCAGCACCGCCGCGAGAGCAUGCCUACCGUCGGCGACGACAAGGCCGAGGCCUACGUCGCCGCGCGCGUCGCGGAGCUCGUCGGCGACGCGUCGUUCUGGCGGCGCGACUGGGAGCGGAACGCGCGCGUCGUCGCCGCGGCCGGGAGCGCGGCGACCCUCCCGUGCUUCGACGGCGGCGCCGGCGCGCGCCGCCCGACCGCGCCGCGCCCGCCGCCCGCGGGGGCCCUCGGCCCGACGCUCGCGGCCGCGGCCGCGCCGCCGGGCCCGUCGCUCGCGACCGUGCGCGACGCGGACCCGGGCCGCGACGCCUGCGACUGCGCCUUCGACGUGCUCCGACGGCCGGCGCCGGUCGCCGAGGGCGCCGACUACGUCCGCGCGUCGUGCGCGCGCGACGGCGCGGGCCUCGGCGGCGGCGCCGCCGCGAGCGUCGUCGUCCUCGGCGCCGACGCGCGCUUCCGCUGCGCGGCCGAGGCGCGGCGCGCCGUGCAGCGCGUCCUGCGCGUCGGCUGCUCCGUGAACCUGUACGCGACGCCGCCGGGCGCGCAGGCGCUCGACGCGCACUACGACGACCACUGCGUCUUCGUCGUCCAGCUCCGGGGCCGCAAGCGCUGGCGCCUCUACGGCCCGGCCCUCGAGUGCCCGACGCUCCACGAGGCGACGUUGCCGCCGCCGCCGGAGCUGCUGCGGCGCGGCGCGGACCACGCGGUCGCGCUCGCGCCGGGCGACGUUUUGUACGUCCCGCGGGGCGUCUACCACGCCGCGACGGCCUGCGAGGACGCGGGCUCGGACUCAGCCCACGUGACCGUCGGCGUGGACCUCGACCCGGCGCUGACGUGGCGCGGCGCGUUCCACGCGGCGCUGCGCGACGCGGCCGUCGCGACGCACGCGUGCCUGCGCCGCGCCGCCGAAACGUCGCCGGCGCUGCGGCGCGCGUGCCUGCCCGCGCUCAUGGACGCCGCGCCGGGCCCGACGGCCGCGGCCGUCAAAUCCGCCGCCGCCGCGGCGCUCCGGGCCUGCGGCUCCGCGGUCGUCGACGGGUCCGCGCUCGCGGACGACGUCGCGUCCCUCGCGGGGCUCGCCGUGCCCCGGGGCGCCAUCGCCGUCGGCGCCGCGGACUUUGCCGACGCCGCGCGCGCGGUGGAGGGCGCGGUCGUCGACGCCUCCGUAUUCGCGUCGCGGCGCGCCGUCGCGCGCGCCGUCCUCGACGAGUCCGCGGCGCUGUCCGCGUUCUACCGCGCCGGGGCCGCGCGCGACGCGGCGCUCGCGGCCGUCGACGGCCUCGAGAAGCGCGCGGCGCGCGCCGAGGCCGCGGCGGCGCGGGCGGCGCGGGCCGGCGAGGCCCGCGACCGCGACCGAAGCGCCGCGGCGUCCGCGCUCGCAAAGGCCGAGGACGACCUCGCCGCGGCGCGGGACGCGCUCGCGGAGGAGCGGUCCGCGAAGAAGCAGCGCAACUUCGCCGCGCUCAAGACGCUCAACGACCAGCUCAAAGCGGCCAAGGCCGACGCGUCGGCGAGGGCCGCGGAGGCCGCCGCGGCGACGCGCGACGCCGCGGCGGCCGCGGCCGCCGCCGCGGCGGACCGCAAGGCCCUCUGCGAGCUCCGCGCGUCGGCGAAGGUGCCGUCGGCCGCCGAGGGCGGCGGCGCGGCCCUCGACGCCGCGCGCGCGGGCCUCGCGGCGUCCGAGGCGAUGCGCGAGGCCGCGGAAGCCGAGCUCGCGACGCGCGCGGCCGUCGGCGACGUCGCGGCCGCGCGGCUCCGCCGCCUCGAGGCGGACCUCCAGGC